UUAACUACAGAUAAAUUGGAGAAAUGCAACUAUUCUAGAUAUUUCACAAUUGAAAUAUUUUUCUUUUUCUUUCUCUUUUCAGGUGACUACUUAGUUCUUCCUUCGGGGAACCUUCAGAUUAUCUCAGUGUCAGCCCAGCACCAGGGCAUGUACAAAUGCGGUGCAUUCAACCCUGUCACCAGUGAAACCGUUGUGCAGCCUCAUGGUACCAAGGUGUCAGUAAAACCUUCAGUCACCUCCUCUGUGCGGAUAGUUUACCCCACUGCUCCAAAGGCUGUUGCAGUGCUACAGUCUCAGCGGCUGAUACUGGAGUGUAUUGUGUCUGGAAGUGCACCACCAGUGGCCAAGUGGUUUAAAAACGGCGAGGAGCUAACGGCAGAGCUUUCACAUCAACACCAGCACAACAACCUGGUCUUUGCCUCAGUGACAAGAAAUGACAAUGGAACGUACGCCUGUGCUGCCCAGACUGAGCAGGGAACUGUGAAGAGCGCAAACUACACUGUGAAUGUUGUUG